CUCCUCGGGCCGGGACCCCGGGGCUGGCGCGGCGGCACCGCGGGGUGGGCAGGUUUGCGCAAAAUGUGCCCGGGAGAGGAGCGGCGGCCGCGCUGAGCCAGAGCCAUGAGCCACCAGAUCCUGCUGCUCCUGGCAGUGCUGUCCCUGAGCCUGGCUACCUCCCAGCACCGGGACAAGGUGCCCUGUAAGAUGGUGGACAAGGAGGUCUUGUGCCAGGGCCUUGGUCUGCUCCAGGUCCCCUCGGUGCUUCCGCGGGACAUUGAAGCCCUCGACCUAUCUGGAAACCAGCUGCGGAGCAUCCUGGCCUCACCCCUGGGCUUCUACACAGCGCUUCGUCACCUGGACCUGAGCACCAACGAGAUCAGCUUCCUCCAGCCAGGUGUCUUCCAGGCCCUGCCCCACCUGGAGCACCUCAACCUGGCCCGCAACCGCCUGGCGGUGGGCACCGCGCUGAGCACUGGUGGUCUGGGCCCCCUGCCGCGUGUGUUGUCCCUGGACCUGUCUGGGAACAGCCUGUACAGUGGCCUGGUGGAGCGGCUGCUGGGGGAGGCGCCCGCCCUGCGCACCCUCUCGCUGGCGAAGAACAGCCUGACGCGCCUCACCCGCCAUAGCUUCGGGGGCACGCCGGCGCUGGAGUGGCUCGACCUGCACAGCAACGUGCUCAUGGACAUCGAGGACGGCGCUUUCGAGGCCCUGCCCCACCUGGCCCACCUCAAUCUCUCCAGGAACUCCCUCACCUGCAUCUCCGACUUCAGCCUCCAGCAGCUGCGGGUGCUCGACCUGAGCUGCAACAGCAUAGAGGCCUUUCAGACGGCCCUGGAGCCCCAGGCCGAGUACCAGCUCACCUGGCUGGACCUGCGGGAGAACAAGCUGCUCCACUUUCCUGACCUGGCCGCCCUCCCCAGACUCACCUACCUGAAUGUGUCCAACAACCUCAUCCGGCUCCCCGCGGGGCCGCCCCCAGGCGGCGAGGGCAUCCACGCGCCCUCCGAGGGUUGGUCAGCCUUGCCUCUCUUGAACCCCAGCCGGAACACCAGCACCCACACCCUCUCCCAGCUCUUGAAUCUGGAUUUGAGCUACAAUGAGAUCGAGCUCAUUCCCGAGGACUUUCUAGAGCGCCUGACCUCCCUGCGCUUCCUCAACCUCAGCCGAAACUGCUUGCGGGCCUUCGAGGCCCGGCGUGCGGGCUCCCUGCCCUGCCUUGUGCUCCUGGACGUCAGCCACAAUGCGCUGGAGAUGCUGGAGUUGGGCACCAGGGCCCUGGGGUCUCUGCGGAUGCUGCUUCUGCAGGACAAUGCCCUGCGGGACCUACCGCCAUACACCUUUGCCAGCCUGGUCAGCCUGCAGAGGCUCAACCUGCAGGGGAACCGAGUCAGCCCCUGUGGGGGGCCCGGUGAGCCUGGACCCUCGGGCUGUGUGGCCUUCUCUGGCAUCUCCUCCCUCCGCAUCCUGAACCUAGUGGACAAUGAGAUGGAGACACUCCGGGCAGGUGCCUUCCUCCACACGCCGCUUACUGAGCUGGACCUCUCCGCCAACCCUGGGCUGGACGUGGCCGUAGGGGCCUUGGCAGGCCUGGAGGCCUCCUUGGAGGUCCUGGCCCUGCAGGGCAAUGGGCUGGCCGUCCUGCAGGUGGAUCUGCCCUGCUUCAGCUGCCUCAAGCGGCUCAAUCUCGCUGAGAACCGCCUGAGCCGCCUGCCUGCCUGGACGCAGGCGGUGUCCCUGGAGGUGCUGGACCUGAGGAACAACAGCUUCAGCCUCCUGCCGGGCAGUGCCAUGGGCGGCCUGGAGACCAGCCUGCGGCGCCUCUACCUGCAGGGGAAUCCGCUCAGCUGCUGCGGCAACGGCUGGCUGGCCUCCCAGCUGCACCAGGGCCGCGUGGACGUGGACGCCACCCAGGACCUGAUCUGCCGCUUUGGCUCCCAGGAGGAGGUGGCCCUGAGCCACGUGCGUCCCGAGGACUGUGAGAAGGGGGGGCUCAAGACCGUCAACCUCAUCAUCAUCCUCACCUUCACCCUGGUCUCUGCCAUCCUCCUCACCACUCUGGCCACCUAUUGCUGUGUCCGCCGGCAGAAGUUCAACCAGCAGUAUAAAGCCUAGAGAAGACGGGGGCUGCAGAACAGCUCAGCCUGGAGACCCUUUGAGGUCAGCGGGGGAGCUGGAGAAGGCUGGGGACUGACCCAAGGUCACACAGUGAGCCGGGGUCCGAGAACCCUGGUCUCUGAAUCCCAGCCCAGGUUUCCUUUCUCUGCAUCCUGCUGCAUCGGUAAGUGACCCACUUUCCAGGCCGCACAUGGGGUCCAGCUGUGGAAGCCGGAAGUUGGGCAGUUCCAGGACUGACAGAGAAUAAGUUUGACCCAUCGGAUCAACAAACAUUCGCCAGGCGUCUGUUUUGUGCCACACCCUGCUCUGGCACUGGGGACACCGGUGAAUGAGACACAGCUGUACCCUCAGGCAUCUCCUGGUCUGGGUGGGGAGGUGGUCGCAGAGCCGUGCAGUGACCACACAGUGUGGGAGCCUGGGGUUCCGAAGCCCUGCAGCCCUCGCUGGCUGAGUGUGGACAGUCCUGCCCUCGGCCAGGCC